UACCAUAAUGCUUAUACCGAGGAAGUCGGGCUCGGGGUACCGGUGCAUGUUGUGUAUCACUCGUUCUUACGGCAUGCGCAGCUCGCAGCAUGCAGCAGGACCGCGGAUCAGUUCUCGUGCAGUGCAGUGGUGUGGUGUGAUUCUUUUGACUGUUUGCCUUGCAAAAUACCAAACAACCUCGGCGAAUGUGUGAAAAGUUUGCAUUUGGAUGUCAACGUUAAGCCCUGUCUCAAUAAAUAUCACAUUUGAGUGCUAAUUAGCUAAGUCGUUAACACCCAAGAUGUCUGGACAAAUUGCUCUUGUGAACCAAAACCUUCGGGCUUUGAAAGAAGCCAGCAGGAAAGUUUCUACACUCAAAAACUUGAGAACAUUUUCAUCUUGUUGUGAGGCAUCCUUGCGCUCCAUCUCUUGCCAAGAUGUGGCCAGAGCUCACCUCUCACCCACCUCCAGCAUCUUGCAAAGGAGUCGGAGAGCUACAUGUUCAUCAGCAAUCAUUGCCGAGCACAGUUCACCUUCAAGCAUCUUCAGAACAUAUGAGACUCCAUAUACCUACAGCAUCACAAAACCGAAAUGGAAGAACACUAAAGAUGCAGUAAACGUGACCCUGUCGCCUUGGCAACAGAUGUCCAGGUCGUUCUUGUCGGCAGUCUCCAUGACAGGCUUCAACGAUUAUGAGUUGGGCCGCAAGGAAUUCAACAUUGAUGUCCCAGAGUAUUUUAAUUUUGCAAGUGAUGUGAUGGAUGAAUGGGCCAGGAAAGAAGAGACAGGAGAGAGGUCUACUAACACCCCAGCUUUUUGGUGGAUCGAUACGAAAGGAAAUGAAAUCAAGUGGUCCUUCAGAGAUCUGGCUGCAAAGUCAAAGAAAGUUGCUAAUUUGCUACAGAAUAGCUGUCAUAUCAAGCAGCAUGACAAAGUGAUGGUCAUCCUACCACGCAUUCCAGAAUGGUGGCUUCUCAAUCUAGCUUGUUUGAGAAUAGGGGCAGUGCUUGUGCCUGGUUCUACUCAGCUCAGAGAGAUGGAUAUCAGAGACAGACUCGAGAGCUCCAAAGCCGUCUGCAUUAUUACAGACAAAGAAAUUUCACAUCUGGUUGAUAAGGUUGUCAAGGAUACUGAUGGUUUUCAACAUAAAAUUCUCAUCAGAGACAGGGAUGAAAAGAACAACAACAAUAGACCUGGGUGGUUAGACUUCCAAGAGCUUUACGAUGCAGCUUCAGAUGAGCACGAGUGUGUGAGAACACGAGGUAGUGACCCCAUGACAGUUUUCUUUACCAGUGGGACUACAGCCAAGCCUAAGAUGGCUGAACACACACACGUUAGCUAUGGUCUCGGUCACAUCAUCACAGGAAAGUAUUGGCUGGAUCUGACGCCGCAUGAUAUCUUUUGGAACAUGUCGGACACCGGCUGGGCCAAGUCUGCCUACAGUAACGUCUAUGCUCCCUGGGGACAGGGAUCCUGUGUUUUUAUCCAUCAUUCACCGAGGUUUGAUCCACAACAAACACUGCAGGUAUUCAACGACUACCCAAUCUCCAUAUUCUGUGGCCCUCCGACGGCCUUCACCAUGAUGAUCCAGCAGGAUACGUCACAGUAUAGUCUCAGAUCCUUGAGGGAUUGCAUCAGUGCAGGAGAAUUCUUGAACCCAGAGGUGAAUCAAGCUUGGAAACAGGUCAGUGGUAAUUAUAUCAGAGAAGGAUACGGACAGACAGAAACGGUCUUAAUGAUCGGAUCAUUCCGAUGCAACCAAGUCAAGCCGGGGUCCUGCGGUAUGGCAGCGCCUGGCCACGACAUGGCCAUCGUCGACGAUGACGGUAAUGAGCUUCCGAGAGGGAAGGAGGGCAUCAUCGGCGUCAAGGUGAAACCAGUCAGACCCUUGGGACUCUUCACCCAGUAUGUGGAUGAUCCAGAGAGGACGCAGUCUGUGUUUAGAGGGGAUUACUACCUGACGGGAGAUAAGGCCACACAAGAUGAAGACGGUUACUAUUGGAUGAUAGGCCGUAAUGAUGAUGUCAUAACAUCAGCGGGAUACCGUAUUGGUCCAUUUGAAGUAGAGAGUGCUUUGAUUGAGCACCCUGCAGUGGCUGAGGCAGCUGCAGUCAGUUCACCAGACCCCACAAGGGGAGAGGUUGUGAAGGCAUUUAUAGUCUUAGCGGAGGAAUACAAGACCAGAGAUCAGUCUCAGCUGGUCACCGAGCUACAAGGACAUACCAAGCAACUCACAGCACCAUACAAAUACCCUAGGAAGAUUGAGUUUGUCGACUCACUCCCUAAGACCGUCAGCGGGAAGAUCCGUAGGGUAGAACUGAGACAGAAAGAAUGGAGCCAGCAACCCAAGAAAUGAACCCAAGCUCACUGAUGGAUAAGAUCAUUGACCAUUACACCAGGACUACAAAAACAUUUUGCUAUUUUGAACAUUGCAACUGAAUCAAAUUGAUGAUAAUGAUUAGUGCAGUUUGAAUUAGAAAAGUUGGCAAUGAGAUGUCGCAUUCCUGGUACAAACGUGGGGGGAAAUAUGCCAAUUGGAUAUAAUUUAUAGACUAGGUGUCCCAUAUAUGACAGUUUUACUGAUGAUUUCCAUGAGAAUAUUAUUGUGUUUAUGAUUAUAUACUAUAACCAGGUGCUAUGAAAUUGACUAUUUUUGUAUUUUUGAAAGUUUUGUAUAUAAAUGUGAUAUGAUUGAAUCUUGAAUUGAUAACAUUUUUUUUUACUGUAUGUGAAACAUAUUAUUGCAUUUUCCCCUUAUAGAUUCUAUUUGACAGUAUUUUGUUUUUCAUUCCAGAUACCAAAGUAAUUAAUAUAAGGGCAUUGAUUUAUAUAGAUGACAUUCUUAUAUUGCCACCCAUAUUGUAAUGAUAAUCAGAUAUUAAGUGCCUUUGAUUUUGAUCCAAUCAAUGUGAAGAAGUCAAUCAAUAAAUAAAUAAGUGUUUACUAGUGCCUUAAUGUCAUAUUGUUAAAAUGUUAAUUAUUUCUUAAUGAUUAGUACUGUGAAAUUAUCUAUCAUUUUUGUGUGUACCGUAUGUACAAUGAAUGUUGCAAAUGUGCACUGGCUAUAGUACUAUAUUUGUAUACAAAAUAUGUAUUUUUGCACAAUUAUACUACCACUUCUGUACUAACUUUGUUUGAAAGUUUUUAGAAUAUCAUGGAAUUUGACUAACAUUUCUGUGAUUGAGGAUAAUUCAUUGUCUGAAUUUUUGUCAGUACUCUACUAAUAUAUUUGAAUGUCAAAAGUAUUGUUUUAUUCAUGAAUUCUUGUGAAAGUAUGAUCUAUUUUUAAUUGAUUGAUCAUGUGUCUCUCCCAGUCAUUAUAUUGGUUUCACCAGUUAAUCAAUUGUUUAAACAUAUCUCCAUGACGUACAUUCUGAUAUGUACACCAUUCUGUAGAGAAUGUGUAUGUUUUAUGCAUAACAUUUUAUGAAAGGACACUUGAUGGUAUUCACAGUAUUAAAGAUGUUAUUUUCUUUUGUUACUAUCUUUGUGUAUAAACCACACUUUGGUGCAUUUUCAGAAGACUUUUCUAUUAUGGAAUUGCCUUACUGUUCUACAACAAGGAUGGAUUCUUGUGUAAUUUCCAUAGUUCCAUCAUUUGUCCACCUGCUCCCCCCCCCCCCCCCCCCCCUCUGUCUCUUUGUGCUGCUGUUGUCUGUUUCAAUGUUAUUGUUGUUGAUACAUCUUUGGUGUAAUUAUAAUGGAUUAAUGAAUUGUAUGAAUUGUAACAUGAUUUUAUUACCAGAUUAUAUUUUUGGAGCUGUAACAUUUUUGUUAG